AUGUUUGCCAUAUUUACAAAGAUUAAGGACCGAGUUGAGGCUUUUUUAAACGAGAAGAAUAUUGUCACCGACUGUCUCAAUAAAAUUGAAGAAAAAACGGGCAUCAAGAAACGUUAUUUAGCUUUCGGUGCUGCAGGUGUGACUGGAGCAUUUCUAUUAUUUGGAUACGGUGCCUCUCUGAUCUGUAAUCUGAUUGGUUUUGUUUAUCCUGCAUAUUUCUCUAUCAAAGCCAUAGAAAGUCCUGGUAAGGAGGAUGACACGCAGUGGCUCACGUACUGGGUAAUCUACGGCUUCUUCAGUGUGGGCGAAUUCUUCUCGGAUAUCUUUCUUCACUGGUUUCCAUUCUACUAUGUAUGUAAGUGCUUGUUCCUGUUGUGGUGUAUGGCUCCGGUCUCCUGGAAUGGUUCUCAGGUUCUGUAUAGGCACGUGGUCCGUCCGUUUUUCCUGAAGCAUGAAGCCGCAGUAGACGGGAUGGUCAGCAAUAUAAGCGUGAAGGCCAUGUCAGCAGCUGAGAACGUCACGAGAGAAGUCCUUCACACUUUGGUAAGAAACCGGACUGUUGGCCCAGCUGAGUCUGAAACCAGAAGCCUGCCUAGUUCUGCUCAUACUGAACCCACUGUUGAUUAAACAAUGUACAGGUGGCCAAAGUGAUCUAAGAAGACAGAAUACAACACGACAUGCAAGAGAUUGGUGAAAACCUAAACACAAAACUUUGACAUAAAAGAAGUAUUAUAUGGUUUCAUUGUAAAGACCUCACUAAGUGAAUUGUAAUUCACCUUCAUCUGCACUAUUUUAGACGUAGCCUUUUGUCAAGGGUAGAGUUUUGGAGU